CUGAGCACAGCAAGCAGUCACCGUGUGGAGCUGACACUCCGCGGCUCCCCGUGCACCGCGCUCACUGUGCUGCUACAGCCUGAGCUCAUGCAGGCUUUCUUACUCAACUGGUGUAAAAUGUAUGCCUUCUGUGGGGCUUUAUUUGGGAUUGCCUCAAUGAUAAACCUUCUGGCCAUCUCUAUAGACCGCUACAUAGUCAUCACCAAGCCUCUGCAGUCCAUAGCGUGGACCUCUGCCAGGCGAACUUGCCUUAUCAUUGCCCUGGUCUGGUUGUAUUCACUUGCCUGGAGCCUUGCACCACUUUUGGGAUGGAGUUCAUAUAUACCAGAGGGGUUGAUGACCUCGUGCACAUGGGACUAUGUGACAUCUACUCCAGCCAAUAAAAGUUACACUUUGAUGUUGUGCUGCUUUGUGUUCUUCAUCCCUUUGGGCAUCAUAUCCUACUGCUAUCUAUGCAUGUUCCUGGCCAUUCGUCACACAAGCAGAGAUGUGGAACAGUUGGGGUCUCAGGUGAGACAGUCAACGCUGAUUCAGCAGCAGUCCAUUAAGACUGAAUGGAAGCUGGCAAAGAUUGCCUUUGUGGUCAUCAUAGUUUUUGUGCUUUCCUGGUCGCCCUAUGCAUGUGUCACCCUCAUCGCCUGGGCUGGAUAUGGAAGCGUCCUCAAUCCCUAUUCCAAAGCUGUCCCUGCUGUUAUUGCAAAAGCAUCAGCCAUCUACAACCCUUUUAUCUACGCUAUCAUUCACGCCAAGUACAGGGACACCCUUGCAGAAAACGUCCCCUGUCUACACUUCCUGGCUGGUGCCCGGAAGAGGGAAUGCAUAUCAGUGCCACACAGCAAGUUUUCUAUGAGGGACUCAGUGCUGAGCAAGCAGUCAUCGGUCUCCAAAAGCGUGUUUCACAGGGUUUCCUCUAUGUCGACAUCAGACACGCAAGUCUGGAGUGACGUGGAGCUUGAUUCUAUAGAUCAGAGUCACAGCCUAAUGUCCAGUUACUCUCUUGGAGCUCUGUGGGAAAGAGAGAAUCAGUCACAGACUAACCUGACCAAGGAAAAUGAAAGUCAAAGCCAGGAACAGGUAAGUUUGCCAACAGAAUAAUGCCCUUGGCCACGGGGAGGAAAAUCCAGAAAGCUGGGGGAAGCAGAAGAAAAAAGAAGAAGAGGAGGAGUCUGAAAAUGAAGAAAGUGAGACAGAGCGUCUGCAGGAGAACAAUAACAAGAAGUCAUAGGUUCAUAUCAAGCCAGACUCUUUGGAUGAAAACUCUUCCGCGGUCAGAGCUCAAAGGAAAUGUGCUGUGCCAUGGCACUUUUAAGGAAAAGAUGAGAACCACACAGCACCCCGGUAGAGAACUGAUGGUCAAUUUACAGCCUGUGGACUGUUCUUCUCAUGCAUUUAAGGCUGCAAAGACUUCUCUUCCCAACACCAGGAGGCUUUAUGUUGAAUUUCUUUAUCUAUGUGCAACAUAAAUCAAGUGUGGACAGCUCUACUAUGAUUGGUUGAGUGUGUCCUAACUUCUAUCCGGUGCUGUAAUUGUUGCUGAAACACAUCAGUGUAAAACUCUUUUUUCCCCAAGGAUACCGACUUUAUCUUAGCCAGGA